CAAAACAGAAGUAGGAAAUCUGUAUAGCUCUACAAGAUAUGGUUGACUUCCAGCGAUCAUCAUAUCUCAUCACUAUCCUUCUCUAGGGAUAAAAGGAGUUGGUUGGUGCCCAGUGAUAUUUGGCAGGCCACAUACAAAAAUCUUCAUUUUAAAAGGAUGAUGUAAAUGCUAGCAUUAUUACUCUCACUGGACUUAAAGUAUUUUGCCCUCAUUUGCCCGUAGUGGAUGUGUGUGUCCGGCCUUUUGCCACAUUUUCUUGAAGUCUUCUGCCAGAAGAUGGUUAAAGGAAACAGCAUGGCUUAGGCCCAAGUGCCCACAUUGGCAGAAAUGUUUUUACAAUGACACAAGGUCUCAUUCCAAACUGGUGGUCAGUUUCUGAAGAUGGAGGCCCAUUGUUUACUCAGCAGUUUAAAAAGCCCACUACAUAUGUGUAAAGGAACACAUACAUAACUAUUACUUUACAUAUCUUAAACUUGAGUUCCUUCAUUGGAGCAAAGUCCUACUGAAUCAUCCGGGUUCAAACCCACUCCUAAGGUCUCUUCUUCAACUGCCAAAGAGUUCCAACAGUUAACUGCCUCAACCUCCUUAGAACAGAAUCUAUGGAUAAUGGCCAAGGGGUUUCUUCUACCUUGUUCUCAUUGGAUUUCUUCUUUCUCCUCAAAAACUUAGUUUAUAGCUGUUAAGUUUUUUAAAAAGUAGAACAACUGAAUCUGUGCCUGGACUUUUUCAUCAUCUCUUUCAGAUCGCAAACAGUCCUCAUGCUGUUUGUAAUAGGGAGAUUAAUAUGAAGACUCAGGAAUUUGGUCCAUAGUGUACUUUCUGCACCAGGCGUCCCCAAUUUAACUGUGAGAGCAGUGUGGCUUUUGAGGACAUUGCUGUGUAUUUCACAAAAAGCCAGUGGACUCUGCUAGAGCCGUGUGAGAAGGCUUUAUAUCGGGAUGUCAUGCAAGAAAAUUAUGAAAAUGUGGUUGCUAUAGGACUUUCAGCCGUCAAACCCAGCUUGAUCUCCCACCUUGAGCAAGAGGGAGAUCCCUGGUUUCCAGACCCGCUGGUCAUGGAGCAGAAGGAGAUUCUGCCAGGGUGUAACUCAGAAUUUCCUGAGGUGAUCAUCAAGCUGGAACAAGAAGAGCAGCCAUGGGUGCUAAACUCCCAGACCUUCCCUAUUAUUGACUCAGGAUAUGCUGACAUUGAAAUAAAGCAAGAGCAGGAGGAGGAAGUGCCUGGGGUCCUGGACCACCCAGGAUCUGAGGAAGAUGCAAAUCUUGCUGCUGAUGGGUCAGUGUUCCCUGGUAUAAUAAUAAAAGUCGAAGUAAAAGAGGAGACUUGGCUGCCAGACUUCCAGGCAUCUGAGGAAAAUGCGGCAGUCCCAGCCUUCCACUCAGGCAAUGGAGCUAUGAAAGUGGAAAACUGCCUGCCGUCAGAAAGCGUUGAACAGGAAUUAGGAAUUGUCAGAGGAAGACUCUUCGACUAUCCAAAAAAGGCAGACCUCUCUGUGAACAAAGGCAGAGCAGAGAGGCUCCAAAGAAAUGUCUUAGGCAAGAGAAUGACGAAGGCUUUAUCUUCUGUGGGAGGUGACAUUAACGAACCCAGACUGCAAAAGAUGACACACAAGUUUGGGAGAGUACUUCAGAAAGGAGGGGAAACUUACAAACGCUUAGAUGGGGAGAAAAGGUCUGGUUGGAGAUAUUACCUGAUGACCCACGGAAGAAACCGUAAAGGAGAGAAACUCUAUACCUGCCCGAUCUGUGGGAAAAAGUUCUUGCGGAGAUCGCAUCUUAUUAGGCACAAGAUAAAUCACACAGGGGAGAAACCAUAUAUGUGUUCAGUCUGUGGGAAGAGUUUCAGUCAGAGAUCUCAUCUCAUCAGCCAUAACAGAACCCACACAGGAGAAAAACCAUAUCCAUGCUCCAUUUGUGGCAAAAAUUUGAGCCGUAAAGCACUCCUUAUUAGACAUGAGAGAAUUCAUACGGGAGAAAAACCUUAUAAGUGCUCUGUGUGCAGUAAAAGCUUCUGUCAAAACUCUGGCCUUAUUGCACAUAAGAUUACCCACUCAGGAGAAAAACCACAUGGGUGUUCAGUCUGUGGGAAAAGCUUUAGUCGCAAAGCAAGCCUUAUUAGACAUGAAAGAAUUCAUAUGGGAGAGAAACCAUUUACCUGUCUAGUCUGUGGCAAAAACUUCAGUCAGUGCUCUGGCCUUCUUCAGCAUGAACGAAUUCAUACAGGAGAGAUCCCAUACAAAUGCACAAUCUGUGGGAAAAGCUUCAGUCGCAAAGAUUGCCUUUUGGGACACAGAGGGACUCAUACAGGCGAAAAACCGUAUACCUGCUCUGUCUGUGGGAAAAGCUUCAACUGGAAAAGUUACUUGGCUGUUCAUGAGAGAAGCCAUAGUGAAAUAAAAUCGUAUAUAUGCUCCAUCUGUGGGAAGAGCUUUAACCAAAGAUCAAACCUUCUUAGCCAUGAAAAAACCCACACCCAAGAAAAAACCUAUACAUGUUCCAUUUGUGGCAAGAACUUCAUCCACAAGGUGAGCCUUAUCCGACAUGAACGCGUCCAUACAGGAGAGACGCCCUAUAAAUGUGCCGUCUGCGGGAAAGGCUGCAGUGGGAGAACAAACCUCAUUUCGCACGAAAGAACUCACACAGAAGAAAGACCUUAUACCUGUUCCUUUUGCGAUAAAAGCUUCAAGCAAAGAUCAAACCUCACUAGUCAUGAAAGAAUCCACACCGGAGAAACCCCUUUCACAUGCUCCAUCUGUGGGAAAAGUUUUAGCUGCAAAGCUAAUCUUCUUGGACAUGUGAGAACACAUACUGGGGAGAAACCCUAUUCGUGUUCACUUUGUGGGAAAAGCUUUGGUAAUAAAUCGCAGGUGGCUAUUCAUGAGAGAAUUCACACGGGAGAGAAACCAUAUACCUGUUCGCUGUGCGGGAAGAGUUUCAAGCACAGAACGAGUUAUACCGAACACCAAAAAAUCCACACCCAGGAGAAACCGUACACAUGCUCAGUCUGUGGCAGAAGGUUCAGUCGUAAGGAGCACUUGAUCAUCCAUGGGAGAAUCCACACAGGGGAGAAGCCAUAUUCCUGCUCAGCCUGUGGGAAGAGCUUCAAACAGAAAUCGAGCCUCACUUCGCACGAAAGAAGCCACACCGGAGAGAAGCCGCACGCCUGUUCGGUUUGUGGGAAAAGCUUUAAUCGAAGAUCCAACCUUAUUCACCACGAGAGAAUUCACACGGGAGAAAAACCGCACCCAUGCGCCGUCUGUGGGAAAAGUUUCAGGAGCAAGGCGUACCUGAGGAGGCAUGAAAAAAUUCAUGUCAAAUAAAGACGUGUUUAAAAAUGUCUUAUAUCCAUGUUGUAUGUAGAGUGAAAGCACAGUCAGUAAAGCUGUAUUAAACGAGAAAGGAAUUUUCUAUGAUAUAAACCAUAUGAGUCAUUUAUCUGAACCUUAUAACUGUGGUCAGUAUUUAACCAUGACGGAGAGGAAUAUGCCAGGAAUUUGAACAACAUUACGGGAGUGGCUUUUCCCCCAAACACAGUUAAGAUUAACCAUUAUUUGUCAGGAUUUAAGCAUAAGUUAUUGGAUAAGGUGAAAAAGGUGGUGGCAGCUUCCAAAGCAAAAAUGAAUUAACGUAAGUAAGUAUCUUAUGUUGAGACAAAUUAGAAUAUUUGGGCUUGGACCUUGAUUUUUUUUUUUAUCUUGGUCCUUUGAUAACACUGAAGCCCUUACUCUAAAGGAAAAAACUAAACAUAUAAAGGCUUGUAAGAGAACAGAGAAUGUGUUCAACAGCUCAUUUCAUAUUCUAGAGAUGAAAGGCAUGGAUCGUGACAUAGGCUGAUUUGACAAAUCUUAUUUUAAAAUGUGAGGGUGAAAGUAAGGAAUGCUGAAGCAGCACAGGGUUUUAAGUGACCCAGAAGUGUCCUCCAACGGAAAUGUUACCUGUUGCUUUAAACAAUGUGAGAUUCUUCCACAGAAGUCUUCAAAAGUAUACCUACGCUGCAGCUGUAUACAUACCCUUACAAACUGCAGUGGACCACAAAUAGCCUUUUUUUAAACUGUAAAAUGUCUUCAUGUAUUUACCUUUCUCAUUUGAAAUCCUAGUUUUGACUCCACAUGUUAAUUCCAGAGAACUUUUAACACUGUAAUUAUACCCUGUUCUUUUCUAGAGUGUAUAAAAUAAUGCUUGUUCCUUUUAUUUGGAUGCAGCUUGAGGUUUAUUAUGUAACUUAUUAAAGUGUUGGAGGCCUGUGCCUUCUGUGAUGUGGCUAAUGUGUCAAAUACAAGCUGUUGUUUUUCCCUCCA